CAGCUGUUAGAUUUAAACGAGGGUCAGGUGUUUGCCUGGGACGUCAUUCUUCUUCUUCUUCUUCUUCUGAAUUCCGGCAGACUAGGAGCCUCACGGCACAUUGCUGCCUUUCUUGGUGAAGUCUGAAAUCGCAGCUACUAUUAAAUCCUUAGCAGAUCAGUGACUGCCAGAAAGUUCAAAAUCGCCCUUAAGGCAAAAUCCUGUCCCUUGGACGGGCUUAGAACCUGUGACGUCAUCUUCACCUGACGUCGCUUUAAACUGACGCCCAAUUAAACACCUGCUGCCUCCUCACGUCUCAGCUGGAAGGAAGAAGAAGCUCCAGGAGUGGAAGUUCAGAAUUAGAGGAAGCUUCAGGAGUGAAAGUUUAAUCGGUGAAGGAGCUCCAGGAACAGCAGCAGGACCCGGACUGAAUGAGCUGAACGUCUCAUUACGUCACUGCCGGAUCAAACACUAACUUCAGACGCAGCUGAGAUCAGAGAAGAAGAAACAUUUACGUGGAGUUUACAGGUAACUGUCGGUUCUGGUUCGGCUAACGGACACACGCGGUCCGAACACGGGGACUGUCUGGGCAGACAGGUGUGUUCAGGUGUGUUGAGUGAUGGGCGAGUCACGGCAUGUUGUGGAGGAGCUUCUGGCUUUGUGUCUGCAGAGAAUCACCAUGGAGGAGAACAACAUGAACACUGAGCUGGAGUUCAUUGAGGUGGUGAAGAACUUUGAGUCCGUCCGAAAGAAAUGGGUUCAUGCUGAGCUGGAGCUGAAGAAGUACAAAGAGCUGCUGGUGAAGUCCGACGUCUCCAAAGCUGCUCUGGAGGUCCAACUGAAACACGCCAGAAACCAGCUGGACAUCGAGAUGAAGAAACGCUACAAGAUCGAGGCGGACUACCAGUACCUGCAGCGACAGAUGCAGCUCAUGUGUGACAUUCUGGUCCACGACAGUAAGUCCAGCGCCUGCCUGAAUGAUGAGCAGAAAUCUCUGCUGGCGACGUUCGAACAUAAAGCAGGAAACACGACUCUGCAGAGGAGCAGCAAACGGCUCUCUGUCAUCGACGAGUCAUCCUUCCUGUCGCACUCUGACAUCAGCUACGACCGCACCGACGAUGACGUGGAUUUGGACACCACUGUGAUUAAACCUCUGAGAUCUCGAGCCAGAGAGAGGAGGCGCUCCUCCAUGGGUCCUUCCUUUGGUCCUCCGGUCGUGAAGCGAAGCCGAGGAGGAAACAUUUCUGCAGAUCUGCUGGACCGAAGAACGGUGGAGAAGGAUGUGGAGACCAUCGUCAAGGCGUCUUUGAUGACUGCUGAGGCUGGAGGUCAGAUUCACAUGGUGGUGGGAAUCAGCCAGGAGACCCCUGGACAUCCAGCCGAGACCUUCAGCCAGGAGACCCCUGGACAUCCAGCCGGGACCUUCAGCCAGGAGACCCCUGGACAUCCAGCCGGGACCUUCAGCCAGGAGGCAGCAGACCAAACCUCCAUGUGGUUCCCCUGCGAUGACACAGUGAUUGAACCCGAACCUGAAGCUCUGCCCAAAGACAGAACCCUUCACAGCUGCAGAACUCAAACAACCAGCAGCCACGUGUUUCUGUCGAAGACGGUGAUCCGGCCGGAGACCUGCCUGCCAUGCGGGAAGAGGAUCCGCUUCGGGAAGAUGGCAGUGAAGUGUAGAAACUGUCGUGUGAUCGCUCAUCCAGAGUGCAAACAGAAGUUCUCCGACGGCUGCUCAGCCUCCAAGCCAGCAGCUCGACGAACCAUUCAGAUGGACUCGUUGGAGGGUUUUGCUCCACUGACUCAUCCCAGAGUUCCUGUGCUGAUUGUGGACUGUGUGGCUGAGAUUGAACGGAGGGGGCUGCAGGAGAGAGGUCUGUACCGGGUUCCUGGAGGGGAGCGGCUGGUGAAGGAGCUCAGAGAUCGGUUUGUUCAGGGGGAAUCGCUGGUGAUGCUCAGUAAAGUUCGGGACGUCCAUGUGGUAUGUGGACUUUUGAAGGACGUCCUGAGGAAGCUGAAGGAGCCUCUGCUCACCUUCAGGCUGCACAGGACCUUCAUGAAGGCUGCAGAGCUGGAUGAUGCUGACAGCUGCUUGGCCGUCAUGGUUCAGAACAUUUCAGAGCUGCCCAAAGCCAACAGAGACACUCUGGCCUUCCUCAUGCUCCAUCUACACAAGGUGAUGAGGAGUCCUCAGUGCCAGAUGGACCGGAAUAAUUUGGCCCGGGUGUUCGGACCGACCAUCGUGGGUCAUGGGAUGUCUGAGCCGUCUCCAACCACCAUCAUGAGAGACACCAACACUCAGCCGAAGGUUGUCCUCCGCCUGCUGUCCCUCCCUGAAGACUACUGGAAACAUGUUCUCACCAUUCAAACAGAUCAGAUGCCCUCCUCAUCCUCCACCUUUAAGAUGAACCAGGAAGAGACUCAUGGUCGGCUGUUUAAACCAGUCACAUCUCCAGAGUUGAACAGCUACUACAAGACUGCCAGCAGAGGAAGUCCGAGAGGCCAGACCAGGAAUCUGGGCAACACUUUCAACAACACGUAAGACCACAACAAACCAGGAACCACUCAGUCUGUUCCUCUAAAACACUCCGGUCUGUUCCUCUAAAACAUUCCUGAUCAGGUGAGUGUUUCCAGGAUUGGCCUCCUAGUUGUCCGUUUCAGCCUCGGCUGUAGAUCAAACCGCUUCACCGUGAACUCGGUGUGCAGAACUCCAGUUCAAUGUAGGAAACUGAACGAUAGAGAUUUGUUCUGUUAGAAUGUGUAGAGAACUUUCCUGUUGGGGAUAGUAGGGACUUCUAAAAGUGGUUCUACGUGGACAGUUCCUCUAAUCGGAUCACCUCAAAAAAAAAAAACGCAAGUUCCUGCUGGAAAACGGCUUUCUGUGGGAACAUGGACAGGCUUUAUUUUGUUUCGUCACAAGAAAAUGGAGAUGAUCAGCUUGUCUUUUAUCAGAAGAACGUGAGAAAUAAUGUCCUAACAGUACCCCCCCCAAAGAAAAAUCUGAAGAUUUGUGUAGAUUAGAUGUGGAUGCCCAAACAACAUUAGCAUAAGUCAGCUAAAGCUAAACUAUGGAAUUAAACUGUUAAUGAACAAGACAUCUAAUCCAGGUUCAUAGUUUCACAGUUAAUGUCAAUAUUCCAGCAUGUUUUCCGACAAACCUUUAGCAAACCUCCUGCCUUCAUGCUUACGGAGCUGAUAGCUGCUAUCAUGUCUUUACUGGUUUACUGGGCUCCAACAUGAACAGUUUUUGCUUUUCAUCUUCAUCCUUCUGAUCUUCUGUCCUGGUUCCUGUCCUCAGGGGUCGACUGGAGUCCGGUAGAAGGUUCUUCACGUCGCCCAGCUGACUCCAAAACUCUGCUGCUACAUCCAGUCUUUACAGUUUUACACCAACAGCAAACAUCGGAUGUCACCAUAUAGUUUGUGUUUCAUUUUGUGUUAAAAAAAACUUUGAAUAUAAUCUGUGUGAGUUUAGAAUGAACUGUUGGUGUUUCUGGUAGUUUUCUGAGAUAUAGAAGACCACAACUUAAACUGUUGAUCCCUCAUUGAUGUUUUAGUGUGAGAAAGAUGGAUGCAGAGUGAGUGUUCAAACUAAACUCUGGAACACAUUUUAUGAACAUGUUCAAGAACAUGGGACUGGUCCAUUGCAGAAGCACCGAUGCAAUGAGAUCACAGCUUUCCCCUGCAGCAGGUGAAGAGUUUUGCAGAUGACUUGCUGUUAAGUGUUCUAGGUUGUAGGACGAUCAGAAUCGGUCAGACCGGUUAGAUCAAUCAGGUGCUUCUGAAUUUAAAGCACUUUCCACUGUGGAAAAUAAAGUCACCUCCACGUUGAAAUGUAAAAGAAAUAAAAAUGAAGCAUCUCA